AUGGAAGCACAUGGUCGUGCUGAGCCGCGGCGACGACGCCCGCGUUCACCUGGCGAGUGCAGCGUUACAAGCUCCUCGUGGACAGACUGCGCACGCGAAAGUCUGCGAAGCAGUUACUCGCAGGGGGCAUUGCGAGAGGGCUUGCCUCACCUUUCUGCACAUCGGCAUGAUCGAGCAACUCGUCACAGGCAUUCGUCUGUAGAGCGCAUCCCAUGCUGGCCCGUCUGCCAGACGUGGACUCAUCACAGGGCCACUCCUCCUUGGGACUGGCGGCGCCCAGCAGCUGGGCAGUCCACCUUCGAGCACGACAGGCCUGGCACUGCCAGGAACUUCCUGGUAACCGGCGGAUUCACGGGCACGUGGCGUGAUGGGUUCCCCGGUUUGACGAUGGAUCGCUUCUAUCGAAGCAGCAACUUCACCAGGAAUAACUACUUCGACACUGGCCGCCAGAGUCAUGGACCCAACUUGCGGCACAUGGGCGCCAUAUCGCCAAAUCAAGUCGCCCGCGAAGGAGACGUUUACCCAUCGGCCGUACGCCAGCUCAAGGCAGAACUGCUGCGCAUGCUGCCCGGAGCCCGGCAGGGGCGACUGGAUGCACGGAUCCAUCAAACCAUUCUGCAGCGUGGGGACCCUCUGGUCAUCAGACAGCGCAUCGAGUGCGGUCCCUGGGUGCGACAGUUGACGGAGAGGUUUGUUUACCUCUACUUCACACUCGGUGCCGUCGCCAUCAAUCCGCGCUUCUUCAUGGAACGUUUACUACCACGACCUACCGAGGUAUUGGCGGGUUGGCUUCUAUUUGCCACUCUGAGGCCAGCAUGGUCGCAGCUGGCAAUCCCAGAUGACAUGGAAUGCCAGAGAGGCCCACAUGCUGCUGUGUGGCAAUCCGUGAAGAAAUCAUUCCGCGCCUUGCUCGAGGAGACUCCAGGUGCUGUGUUCAAUCCGAUUCCCGCCGAGAGAGUGAAAGACACGGUAGACAAGGGCAUCGCCCAAGUCAAGGCCGCCGGUGGCUUCGACAACCUUUCUGCCAACGAGUGCGGCCCAGGAAAGAUUGCCAUACAGCUUCUUUCAGUCUGCCUCAUCUCGGAUCCCAUGGGCGUGGCUCAGACAGUGCAGACAGCCGGAGAGGCCUUCGCCUCGCCUUUGCUCACGGUCCUUUUGGACAUUCCUUGGGUUGCCACGGCACUCUCAGGGUGGCCCAUCUUCGGCAUCAUGGCGCAGCUGAGCCUUCGCAAGGCAGAGCUCCUGAAGGACUUGGUGAGCCAGGACAGCAUUGAUGGUCUGGAAAACAAGGUCAGUGCGGCUUACUUCAAGUCUAUGCGAGCUGCCAUGGCCUCUAACGACCUCGCUGCCAUGGCCGAUGCAACCCUGAAGUAUUUGGAGGAUCCCACGCCAGGUGAGACCGACGUCCUUGCAGCGUUGACAGCACUGGCCACCCAGGUGAGCGCAUGGGGGACUGGGCUUGUCAAAUCGCCUUUUGACAUUGCUCAGGCUAUUGCUGCACCGGUGUUGUACUUGUCGAAUCUUGUCGACAUAUGA